AUGGCUGAGGUGAUUUCCGCCAGGCCCAACAUGAUGACCAAGGCCAGGAACACACAAGGAGAGAGAGAGGAGAGGAUAGUGGAGAUCUACGCUACCAGUGAGAGCCUCAGAGAUCAACACCAGGACUAUGUUGGGACAGAGGAGUCCUCCAAUACUCUGGGAACAGUAAGAAGUCAGCAGCCGGACCCUGUGAGCCCUCCUCGGUGGCCGAUCAGGGCUGUGGUGGUGCUUCUGGUCCUGCUGUCUGUUGUCCUGCUGGCUGGACUGCUUGGGUUGGCAGUGCAACACAAGACAGACAUUGACAGAGACAGGGAGCAACUUCUCCAAAAGCUGAAGAAUGUGACAGAGCAGAGAGACUCACUGCUUUGUAAACAGGACUGUCCAGUUGGUUGGGAUAAGUUUAGUUGUAAAUGUUACUUUCUUUCCAAUGAGCAGGAAUCCUGGAUUAAGAGCAGGGAGUUAUGCGUUUCCCUAGGAGCAGAUCUGGUGGUGUUGAACAAUAAAGAGGAGAUGGACUUCAUUAGCAGGUAUGGCGGGACCAUCUGGCUGGGAGCGACAGAUGAGGCCAGUGAAGGGUUGUGGAGAUGGGUUGAUGGGACCGUCCUGUCAGUGGACAACCCCUCCUGGUUCAGCGGGAAACCGGAUGGUGGCAUGGACAUGAACUGCUUAAUAAAUGACUGGGAGGACACCAACUUUAAAUGGAUGGAUGAGCGCUGUAAAGAAAUAAACUAUAGGCUUUGUGAAUAUAAUUUAAUAAAAUGA